GGGGGUCGUGGGGGGGGGGGGCUCCCCCCCACCACACCCCCGCGCUGAAAAGGCGGCGGCGCUCCGCGUCCCGCGGCCGCUGGCGGCAAAGCCGGGGAGCGUGGAAGGCGCAAGGUGCAGAGCGUGCGUGUGCGUGUGUGUGUGUGAGCGCGGGGGGGCGGCGGGGGGAGGCUGCGGGCGUGUGUGUGUGUGUGUGUGUGUGUGUGUAGGAGAGGAGGGGGGGGCGAGCCCCGUCCGCCCCUUAUAAGAGACACAAUCCCCAGCCACUUUUUUGCAAAAGGGGCUUUGCAAAGCAGGCUGCGCACACGCGAGCGCCACGAGCCUCCCCGCGGCCGCCGCACGGAGGGCGAGAGGGAGGGGGGCGGGCAGAGCCCCGCCGCCCGCCAUCCCCGGCCGCCCGCCCGGCUCCGCCGCCCGCUCCCGUGGGGCGCCGCUGCCCCUCUCCCCCUGCCCUCCAUCGCCUGUCUCAUUUUUUUAAGCGAACGCCGCAAAUUUUUUUUGUUUUGCCCUCUUUUUACAUUUUUUUUCUUUUUUUUCUCUCUCUCUUUUUGGUGGUGGGGGGACGGGGCCCGGCCGCCGCUCGGGCGCCGCCGCCUCGCAGGACGCCCCCGCGCCCAUGGCCAGCGGUAGCCCCGCCAGGAUGGCCAGCGGCGCCGGGCAGCCGCCCUUCCUGCAGCCGGCCUGCUUCUUCGCCGCGGCGGUGGCCGCCGCCGCCGCCGCCGCCCCGCCGGGGCCGCCGCCGGGGGCGCCUCCGCCGCAGCUGAGCCCGGCGGGCGGGCAGCCCUCGCCGGGCGGCAAGCCCUCGGCCCCGCGGGCCGCCAAGCGGCAGCGCUCGGCCUCGCCGGAGCUGAUGCGCUGCAAGAGGCGGCUCAACUUCAGCGGCUUCGGGUACAGCCUCCCGCAGCAGCAGCCGGCGGCCGUGGCGCGGCGCAACGAGCGGGAGCGCAACCGGGUGAAGCUGGUGAACCUGGGCUUCGCCACGCUGCGGGAGCACGUCCCCAACGGCGCCGCCAACAAGAAGAUGAGCAAAGUGGAGACGCUCCGCUCCGCCGUCGAGUACAUCCGCGCCCUGCAGCAGCUGCUCGACGAGCACGACGCCGUCAGCGCCGCCUUCCAGGCCGGCGUCCUCUCGCCCACCAUCUCGCCCAGCUACUCCCACGACAUGAACUCCAUGGCGGGCUCCCCCGUCUCCUCCUACUCCUCCGACGAGGGCUCCUACGACCCGCUCAGCCCCGAGGAGCAGGAGCUGCUCGACUUCACCAGCUGGUUCUGAGCGCCGGCGGCCCCCGCGGCAGGACAGUUGCAAAAGGGGACAAAAAAAAAAAAAAAUAAUCAACCCACAAAAGUGUAUCACACCCUGAGAAAGACAGACAAAAAUCCACCCAGAAAAGGAAAGGAACCUGUUGCGUUUCCGUCUCCCCCCGCCGUCGGAGGGCGGUGCGGGCACGUCUCCCGGCGGGCGGGCACAGCGCUGCGCGCCGCGGGGGCGGUCGGGGCGGCCGCCCCCGGCCCCGGAGCCCUGCCGGCCUUUGCGCUCCGUCGCGCCGCCACGGACUGCGGAGUGGGUGUCCCGCGGGGGAUCCCCCCGCCCCGGGCCGCGGGGAAGGGCGCCGCCAUCCCCAGCCUGCGGAGGACCUCUUCCUCCUCCUCCUCCUCCCCAGCAGAAAGGCAUCCCCCCCGCGCCGCCGCGGCCCGUCUGAGACCGGCGUUCAUCACUCCGUGGACAGCGUUAGUUCCCCGAUGUUUGUGGAGAUGUGGAAAUUAAGCUAUGCUGUACUCCAAGCAGCCCCUGGAGCCCCGUCUCCCCCCCUCCCCGCGCCUCUCCCUCCCCUCGCGCCGAGCUUUUCCUCUCAUAUCCAGCAUAGAAUGCUUCCAAUCUUUUUUUUUUUUUUUUUGGUGAAUUUUUUUAUUAUAAGAAAAUCUAUUCGUAUCUAUCCUACCCAGUUUGGGGAUAUAUUAAGCUAUUUUUGUACAUAAGAGAGAGAGAGAUUUAUAGAGGUUUUGUACAAAUGGUUUAAAAUGUGUAUAUCUUGAUACUUUUUUUAAUAUGUAAUGCUUAUUACCUCUUCAUGUUUAGACUCGUAGUCGACAUUACCUUACAACUGCCAUUUUUGUACGUGGUUUUGUAAAGGACUUGGAUUUCCUCCAGAUGUACUUUAGCACCAACGUGUCUUACUUUAUAGAAACUUUGUUAAUGUAUUAAUAAUGUUAUUAAACAAUGUUCAAAGUGAACAAAGUUUAUGCAGCUAUUGUCCAAACGCAAAAUGGUAGCCAUUUGUUUUUAUAUGCUGCCUUUUGAAAAAAAAAAUACACAAACAAACAAACAAACAAACAAACAAAAAUCCCUGUGCCACUGCCUUUUCUUACUGUUUUAUUACAAACUUACAAAGGUCCUGUAUAACCUUGUUUUAUACAAACUAGUUUCGUAAUAAAACUUUUUUAAUUAAAAUGAU